GAAGCCAGAAUCUACCUGUUCGCGUCACAAACGAAGAGGCAGGUAUUCGUUCAACCGCAGCUGCUGUGACGUAUUCAACGUAAACUUCACAAUCCGAAUAACCCUCAGUUUCAGAUCUUACGAGCACCUUGGCGGAUGUAGACGGACGCGAACCGAAACACAAUGAUUCAUCACACAAUAGACUAUUCCUUUUCGACGUCUAUGUGAUUAUAAACAAACGAUUUAUUUAUAGCAGACGAUUUUCAUUCUUGAUUUGUGAAAUAUUCGAAUUCAAAAAUUUUUUUGAUAUAAGUUUAUUAAUUCGUUAGAAUAUUUGGAUUCAAAUUGUGUGAAAUUUUGAGUGUUCCUGCCUCCCAUCAUAAAUAUCGUUUGUAUAAUUAUUUUUGUUUGUGUAUAAUUAUGGCUUGCUCUGCAGUGACUUUGUCUUUUGCCACAAUCACAGCUGUUGUUGCUGUGGCUUGCUUGGCUAUAGCAUUCGGCACUGAUAAUUGGUACGAAAUUCGAGUGAAUCGGACUUAUAUCGAAGAAAAAGAACCUGUUUCCUCUCAGAAAGAAUUUGAUGAAGAUGUCAGGUAUUUUAGCAGGGAUGUUGGCCUUUUUAGAAUAUGCUUCCCAGAUGCCGAAAAACCUAAAAAGGCCCCCUUGUAUAUGUCACCAGUUCAAACAGAAUGUCUCAAUUUGGAUUAUUACAUACCUCAAAAUCAAGAGAAUGAAAAUACUAAAAGAUUCACCGAUCAAAGAUGGGAAAGAAUACAUAUGGCACGGUCUGUGAUUGGCAUGUACAUAGUUGGCUUUUUCUUCAUCUUCAUUUCCUUCUUCACUGGAGUGGCCGGUUGCUGGAAACGAUCCAAAGGAAAUAUAUUGGCCACUGGAUUGCUUCAAAUGCUUGCAGCUCUCGUUGAUGCUGGAGCAAUGGGAUUAUGGCAUGGAGUUCAUUACUACGAUUACCAGAAACUCACAGAUGAGAUGUCCUAUUAUAACUGGCCAGAUGUACUGAAGAUGAGUGGCGUGACUCAGUUCUUUUACGGAUGGUCGUACAUUCUAGCCUGGAUUGGCGUGGGCAUGUGCCUUCUUACUGCCAUUCUUUUCCUUGGAGCAGCAUGCUGUGUCGUACACGAGAAAAAAAUGGAACAAGCCAAGAACAUGCAAUACCUCAUGCCAGUAUAUCCCGACAAACGCCAACCUUAUGGAUAUGGAUAUGCUUAUCCGGGACCAUAUUACACGCAUGGUUCACAAUAUGGUGGCCCUUACAGCUAUUAAGAAUAGAUACUUAUAAGAACUUUUGAAUUAAUGAAGUGCUUCCUCACGAAAGCCUAUUACAUAGACUUGUUUAAUAAAACUGUGCCAGAUAUUUUUAAGUGUUUGGAACAUGUUUCAUGUUAGGCGAUGGGACAGAGAAAAUGUGUUCCAAUAUGCAUUUCUUUAUUUUUUUAUUAAUAAAACUUUUUGGGAGUUCAUUAAUUUCCCCAGAAUCUUUUUUGGCUGGUAAAAAAGUUUAAAAGAGCAAGCCAAACGAAACAAAAAUUUUAGUGGCUUUUUUUGCCAUUCCAUUCUAAAUAUAUAUAUUUUUUACGCCAAAUAUUUAGGAAUAUAUAUAAAUAAUUACUACACAGUGGUACAUAUACAGGGUGUUCCAAGGACAAAUCUGCUUACUUAAACAUAUUAACUCUGUUUACUAAAAUAAUUUAUUAUCAGCCAUUUUGCAUAUUUUAAGCUCAAUUUUCUAAUUAUAUGUGUUCUUACAUUAUAACUGAUGGUAUCAUAAAAUGCAAGAAUAAAAAUUUUUUCUAAAGAGAGAUAAACGACUUAUAAUUAAAAAAAGAAAAACAUUCAACAAAGUGGAGUAAGCUAGUUUUAUUGUAACUAGAAUUUCAGUAACAAAGUUUAUAUAAUAUAUAGUUAUUUCUUAAACUUUUUAUGUUUUCAAAUCAUCUUUUUAAAAGUAAUCUUAUUUGAAAUGUGUGGUUUACUAAUUUUCAAACAUAAAAGCAGCCAAAACAAGUUUCUAAUGAUAAGUUCUGUAUUUUACUAUAAUAGCAUAAAAUGAAAUAAUUUAAAUCUUGGUUAAGACACACUUUAACACUAAGUUGAAUUAUUUUUUUGGCUUCUUUAGAUAUGAAGUUGAAAAUGUAUGUUGAUAAUUAUGAUACGUAAUAAAUUUUUUUAAAAAUAAUAUUAAGUUAACAUUUUUAAAUAUAGUUACUAAAAUACCUCUAUAAAAAAAUCUCAUUGUAUCAUGGUUAUUGUACAGCAUUUCAGAAUAUUUGAAUGCAAGGAUUGAGUUAAUUUUGUUUCAUAAAUAAACUAUAGGACAAUAAAAAAUAACUAUUUUAAAAUGUGUUUUCAAUUAAGCCAGAAAAGAGCAAUUCCGGAAGUAAUAAAUUUUAAAAUGUCAAAACAUUUAGAGAAAAAGGUUGUGGUUUUAUAGUUUGAGUAACCAUUUUUGCCUGCAAGAAAUCAAUUUGUUCAUCUUUUGAUUUGUGUUUGUACAUAAUGUCUCAAAAGUAAAUGUAUAUAUACAUAUUAUGUACUUGAUCACAUUCGUGCCUUUUAGAAUUAGUUUAAAAAUCAUUUAAUGGCCUAUAAUUUGUGACUUUAUAUGUGUGUUUCAUUCUUUUAUUUUUUUUCUACAAAGUCUUGUAAGAAAAUAUUUUCAUUAUAAAACUUUUGUUUGUUUUAUACUUUUCAACACUUUUUCAUGUUUAUAGAUUAUUUAUUUAUGAGAAUUGUCGCCUUUUUUUAAUGACUCAAUAUGUUGUUUUGAAGUUAUUGUGGUUCAGAUAUGUGUUUUUUGUAAACUUGUUUGAUUUUCAAUAAAAUCAACAUUAAUUUCUAA